AUGAUUAUUAACCUGCGCAUCAUCCAUUUAUACCUAACAAAUUUCUUCUCCUUAUUACGCAAAAAACUCUCAUUUAUUUUCAUAAAGUUGUUAAAGAAGGGAGUUAUUUGCAUAGGAUUUCCAUGUGAGAGGAUGGCAUUUUUUGGUAACCAUUCGGAUGACACAGUCUCACAUGGUGUCUUGGAAGAGAAAAUCCAGGGACAAAGCAUUGGUAGGAUUCACAGCUCUGCAGGGAAUGAGGACGUGGAUGGGACUUAUAGCGAACGAGAAUUUGAUGGUAACAUGGGUGGACAGUAUCAAAGUGAUGGAGAGCCAGAUGAUUCUGUGAGGCUGCAUAAUGAUGUGGCUGCUAAUAAUGGUGCUGGUGUUUCAAAUUUGAAUUUUCAGACAGCAGGAAGAAGAAUACCUCCUGGGAAAUGGGGUUCAACUUAUUGGAAGGAUUGCCAGCCCAUGGACCACCAGAUUGGAUCUGAUUCUGGGCAGGAUUCAAAAUCUGACCAGAAGAAUUUGGAUGGUUCAGAAUAUAAUUCAUCAGAUGACAGGGAUGGUAGGUUAGAAUCGGAAGAUGAUGAGGCCCAUAAAGAAGUGGGCAAGGCUCAAAGGGGUCAAUCUGAUGUCCCUGCAGAUGAGAUGUUAUCUGAUGAAUACUAUGAGCAGGAUGGGGAAGAGCAAAGUGAUACUCUGCAUUACGGAGGCUUUAGCAAUUCUGUUGGGUUAAAUACUAGGCCACAAUCAAUGCCUAUUUCUGUCAGUACUACUACGUCCAGGAGUUCAAGAGCUUUAAAUAACCAUAACUAUUAUGAUGAGGAUGAUGACAACAACAAUGAUGACGCGGAUGCAGAUUAUGAAGAGGAGGAAGAGGAAGAUGAAGAUGACCCUGAUGAUGCAGAUUUUGAACCUGACUUUGGUGUUGCAAGUGGUCAUGCAGGGAAUAAGGUCAUUAAAUUUGUUUUAAUUCUCACCUUAUUUUGUUUUGAUUUUAACUUUAUGAUUUUUAUUUUCUACACAUUCACAUUAGUAGUUUUCUGAAUGCAUAUGUUAUUCUAUCCAUUCUUUGGCCCAAGUAAAAGAUAACGAGGAAGAAAGGAGAAUGUGAAUAAACUGCUUUAUUUAAUCGUAGGACUUGAAGCAUGUAGAUCUAUGUUACAUGGUUUUGGGAUAGGGUGUUGACACGGGUAGGUUACAUUUUUGACAAUUUUUUACUUUAAUUUUGAGGAUCAAAGUGUCAUACCCGUAUGAUUUGUGAAGUGUCCAAUAAGUGUUAGACACUGGUAUUUUAAAGUGAAGAGUCCGUGUAACAUAUUGUAGAUUCCUCUCCAUCCUUUUCUCUGGGUUUUAAAGGAUGGUUGGCUCUAGAGUAAAAUAUUGUAUUCAAAUUUAAGCAGCCCUGGACCUUCUAGUGACAAAAGGAAACUAUUCUAACCAUUUGAAGAUGGAGUUAUUUAGUACCAUGAACUGCAUAGCACUGCACAUGGGAUGAGAACAUAUUCAUCAUUAUGCUGGGGGAUGGAUGUUACCAAAUUUAUACCCUUUUUGAAUGUAGAAAAUAGGGUUUUACAAAGUGUUUCUUUUUACUCCAGUGGAAAUGGCGACGAAUAACACCAAAACUUGCAUUGUUUUAAUGCUGUCACACUAACCUAUAAAUUAUAGUCAGGUUUUGGAAGGUAUAUGCUAUAAUAGUCAAUUAUAGGGUCAGGUUUAAGAGAAUUGAGGAUAAAAUAAUGAAAGAUAUUCAUAGGCCUUUUUUUCUGUUACUAUGUUCAGCAUAUGGUGGUGCUUGGAGAUUGGUAAUAGAAUGGCCUAUAUUUGAGUGAUAUGUAGGGUAUAUUGGUUUAGCUUAUCUGUAAAAACUUUCAAACUCUUGAUUUUCUUGUUUUCCAGCUUGAGCUGGCUGGCUUGUAUGGCAGAAUUAAAGCUGUAUUUGGUUAAUUGGGUUAGACAGAUUUGAUCCUCUUUAUUGCACUGGAGAGUCCAGUCCAUCUUAAUGAAUGCCACAUCACAUGCCUAGCUGGGCAUCUAUGGAUGAAGUGGAGUCUAUAAUGGACUUGGGAGGAGUUAAACUUGGUUGGAUAAGCAAUUAGCAUAGAUAGUUAUAGUUAUUGGUUGUUGAAAAAUAUAUCUAAGCACCUGAAAAACAUUUUAUCUUCCUCUCUCUUGCUGCUGUUUGUUGAAAGAAUUAUUGUUGUACCUUGCUAUCUAAAUAAUGAAUGAUUGGCAUAAUUUAACCAGUGGUGAUGUCGGACAGCUUUUUUGGUGACUUUGGAAGGAAGUUAGAAUGGAAGCCUGUGAAAUUCUAGUUUGUAGGUUUUGGGCUUCAACAAUAUAAUGAAAUAACUGUUAAUACAGGUGUUUAUUUGAUGGGCAAAUGCUGAGACAAUCAAUGAGUUUUAGGGCAAAUUUAAUAUAUAAGGAGAAAAAGAUUCAAUUACAUUUCUAAUAAUACUGAACAUAUGGACUGCAACUGAAGUUGGUAGUUUCAUGGGAUUGUAUUUUAUCUCUUAGAUGAGGACAGGAACCGAUCUUAUUUAUAUAGAUUAUUUGAAGUAAGAAUUUAAGGUCUUAUUGCAUGGCUUCAAAGGAAAUUAUAGUUUGAACAUAAUUC